AUGAGUUCUCACCGACCGUGUGCUCAAAGCACAUCUGACAAGCAGCGACAGAAAGUUCUUCGAGCUUCUACUACUGCGAUGCCAUGCAAAUCGGCAAAGCAAUUCACGUUGGGACUUCCAGCCACCACUGCACAGCGCAUGAUAAGUAUCGGAGCCAGAACACGGUCGGACUGGCCAAGCAAAGUGAGUCAGAAGCAGCUGCUCAGACAAUUGGCAGAACAGGCUGCCGACUGCUUCGCUGAUGCUGGCGAGACGGCCGUGAGCGACGAUGAAACUGGAGCGUUGCGGCUGGCACGCAGCACUAACUUUCAGUCUUUCAAUGAUGCGCUCCCUGUCCAUCUAGUCGCCAUGGACCUGUGGCCAUCUGCUCGUUGCACCGGCACCUGUGUAGGCCCUUCUCGGUCUCGUCUUUGCCCUCGUCCCGUCCGCGUGUCGAAGCCCGCGAAGCGCGACCUGGACCCAGGCAAUGUCUUUGCGCUUUGCUUGGCUGUUCGAGCGGGCUCACUCUGCUGGAGAAGGUUGAUCUCUGUCUCUGUCAGAAGGCACGGACUGGCCCGGCGAGUCGGCGCUCCCUGGGACGGCUUGUUCGGGAACACGCAGAAGGUUGUGAUUCCCAACAGCACGAGAGAGGUUUUAGACCAGCUGAAGGCCAGCAUGGGCAUUCUGGUGAAAUCCGGUCUACCCCGGGCUGAUGUGGACUUGCCAGCGGGCCUCCGGCUUGGCAUGGAGAAUGUCAUGGACCCCCUGAUUCAGCCUGCGGCAGAGCCAUCGAAAGCGCAGGUUCUACAGGCAGACCGCGAACUUGCCCGAGUCUUCCUGGCCAUGUUCAAGGAACGCCCCGUCCAACUUCAGUGUUGCCAAUCUGACACCUAUGCGGCGAAGGUGGUCAAAGACAGCCUGAGCAUCGUCUUCCGCACCAGCAAGCAAGCUGCAGCUGCAAAGAAACUCUGGGGGGAUGCUGUCGGCAGAGCUCGAGUUGUCUCCAUGCCACGAAGUGGCACGCAGAAGACCGCCUUCUCAAGUUCUGAUGAAGGAGAGAUGACGAGUGCUUUCAUCCAGUCCCUGAAGGACAUGCGUGGUGGCUUUGUGGUCGUUGUGGCCCCGCGAAGACCGCAGCUAGCAGCAGUGGCGCGGGCUGCAGAGGAGGUUGACAGCAAGACGGGCUUCAUUCUUCUCAACGCCCGUCUUCGUGGGGUUCGGCGAGAUCCGCUGCGGGAGGAGGUUUCCGACGGUUUCAACGCAGCCUUUCACCUUCGACUCUGUGGAAGAGAGGGAGAAGGAUUAGUGUACAGAGCCCUGCAGGAUGGCAGCUCACCUUGGAUCCUUGCGCGCCGGAAGCUCCCAAGCACAAUUGCAACUGAGGUUGGACGCAGUUUCGACGAGCCUUCAGACGAGCGGAUCAAUGAGGUUGCAGUGGAAAAGCGGUUUCUCCGCACUGCACGACCCAGCCCUGUAGUGGCCAGAGAGACUUCUCUUAGUUGCCAGGAUGGCAAAGGACUCGCAACUCUCAUUGCAGAGGAAUCAGAAGACCUUUGGCAUCUUUUCAACCUGAGCAUGAAGGGUGACACCAUCAAGGCCAUGACAUACCGCAAGAUCCAGAAAGAAGGCAGCACUGGUACUGUCCAGACGGAAGUUCGAAAGAUCCAGAUGACCGUGGAGGUGAAGUCCAUUGAGUAUGAUGCCGCUGGAAACUGCAUACGGUAUUCAGGUAAGAACUGCGAGGAGAAUCAAUGGGUGAAAAUGGGAGCUCAUCAUACCUUGGAGAUUGAGCUCAACAACAAGCUAACGAUUGGCAAGGACAGGUGGGAUGCCAUGCACCUGCAGCAGCUAGAUGAUGCCACUGAUGUACAUAAGACUUCCGAGGUGGCUGUCUUGCUCAUGGAGGCCAGGGCAGCACAUACGGAGAUCUUCGAAAGUUUUGAGAAGCGUCGUCGAUGUUCGCUGCCCAUGCGCUCGGCCUUGCGGGCGCUCGCCCGUCCAAGCGGCCUGGGCCUGCAGGAGCCGAGCCUCGCUUUUGAGAGAUGUUCUUUUCACGUCGCCACGGAGGAAGUCGAGCACUGGGGCGCUGCGCAGCUGGGCCGCGCAGCUCGCAGGGCCCUUGCAGAGGGCGACCUCACGGAGGCUCGAGUGGAAGAGACAGAGAAUCGCCUUUCUCGCUGUCCAUGCCUGCUCAGCCAUGCCCUCUGGGCGAAAUAUGCUGCCCGCACAGAAGAGCUUCUCUCAGAGUUGCGCUUCGAGGAGGCGGCUCGCUUUGCAUCAGCCUUCUCCACGGCCAGAUAUGUUGACUUUGCAUUGUUUGCCAAGCUGUCGGCUAGGGCGUUGGAGUGCUUGCCGAAACAGGAAACGGAACCGAUCGCGGCACAAGACCUUCGGCGAAUGGCAAUCGCCUGUGGAAAGGCUCAAGCCUUCGACAGCGACUUACUCGAGGGCAUGGUGCCUUUGAUCGCAGAUCGAGUCCAAGAGUUCCGCCCUCGUGAGCUUGUGCACAUUGCGGACGCUUAUGCGCGGAUGCCCGUGCAAAAUCCAGAGCUUUUCGCACUUGUUUCAGAAGCCUUGCCCCGGUAUCUGUACGACCUGACUCCGCCCGAACUGGCCAGCCUUUGCAGAAGCUUUGCGGAGGCAGCAGUCUUCAACGAGGAUCUGGCCGAUGCGCUUGGAGCAGAGGUCUCAAAGAGGUCCAACAGCUUCGGCGCCAUGGAGUGCCUGGUCUUCCUCGAUGCCCUCUCGCGGCUCCACGAAGGAAUGCCUGAGGAGUUGCGAGCCUCUCGCAAAGAACGCGAUGCAGAGGUCGUCGCAGCCAUCGCCGAGCAGCUCAGCGGCUCUGCCUCUGCUUUAGCUGCCCAGGAUCUGGUACGUGCUUUUGCUGCUUUAGUGCGGCUAGACCACUACAAUCCACGCCUUGUGCACGGCCGGAUUUGUGCUGCAUUGGCUCUCAAGCUCGAUCAGCUCACAGAGGGCCCGUCGCCUAGUGCUUUCGCACGUCCUCAGCAGGCGACGCGGGGCUUUGCUGCCUUGGCAGAGCUGCUUCACUGCCUGAGCCUUCUGCCGGCCCAGUCACACAAGUCCGCCGAACUAGCAGUGGCAGUUAGCCAUUUGAUGACCGAGCUAUUACGACACAUGCUGAACGACUAUCAGCAGGACGUUGAGCGUCGAGGCACAGCCUCGGGCAAAGACGUCACUGGAUUGAUCGGUCGGCUUCCGGAGCCGAAAGCUUUGGCACUGGCCGCAGCGGCAACUGCAGAACUGGGCCGUGCAGGUCAAGAGGACGAAGACCUCUUGCAGAUUCUGAGCUCGACGGUGGCAGGUUCGAAGACCUCUUCGGCUCUUCUGGCAUUGGCUUCGGAGGAUGAACUGCACGAUCUGAAGCGAGCGUUUCAGUUGAGCCGCAGCUCUUCAACUGCCGGCGCGGAGGAGGCCAUCGCCACGGAGAUGCAACAGCGCGGCUUGCCCGCGGGCAUCGCCAACUUCCAUCUUCUCACUGCCGUCCUGGCAAAAGAUGUGCACAGGGUUUCUGUUUCGCUGCCAAAGAAAAGGGCAACAACGACGAACUACGACAAAGCUUUGGUACGCUUUUUCGAGCAGGUGUAUCAGGGCAUCAAAGACCACAUCAACCUGGAUUUGGUGAAGUGUGUGCUGAUGGCCGGUCCAGGCUUUGUAAAGGACGACUUUCUGGUGUGGAUGCUUCAAAAAGCGACCCAGUCGGGGGAUACGCAGAUUCUGCAGAAGAAGAGCAGCUUCGUCUCCGUCCACGCAUCCUGUGUGCAUAAGCAGGCACUGAAGGAAUUGCUCGCAGACGAGCAGGUCCAAAAAAGCAUCGCCAACACAAAGGCUGCAGCUCACUUGAAGGCGCUGGAGGAGUUCUACAUGAUGGUACAAAAGGAGCCUGAUCGAGUUUGCUACGGUCCCAAGCAGGUCCAUGAAGCCGUCGAGAAGUGUGCAGUGCAAACCUUGAUGGUGGUGGAUUCGCUGUUUCGGAAUGCGAACGUGAAGUUGCGCAGACAGUACGUUGACAUGGUUGAGACUGCGAGAGACCAGGGCACUAGCUGCCAAAUUUUCUCUUCUCAGCACGUCAGCGGCGAGCAGCUUCAGCAACUCAGCGGCAUCGCCGGCAUCCUGCGCUUCCCGCUGCCAGAAAUUGGCGACAUCGACAGUGAUGCGGGACUCAGCGACGCCGGUGCUGAAGAGGAGAAGGAAAAGCUGCCGCAGGAGGAUGCCGACGACUUUAUGUGA